AAAAAAAAAACGAAACUAAGAAACAAGUCAAAUUCUGUCAAAUACUAAAACACGUGUGAAUUGUUUAAAUUGGAAUAAUAUAAUUAAUUUGCAGAAAUAAUCAAAUAAUUUACCUAUAAAAUGGCAGUUAUGCAAAGAAUAAAGAAACCUACUACUCGGAAAGGUAAAAAAGUUUUGCUUGCUAAGGCGCCUAAACCUAUCGAAGGUCCGAAACAGUGUAUAUUUCUUCAAGGCCGUAAUCCUUCAGAACGAACAAGGAAACUCUUGAAAGACAUCUACGAUUUGAAAAAACCAGAUGCUGCAUAUCUCAGUCGUAAAAAUGACUUUGUACCUUUUGAGGAUGCCACCAUCAUAGAAAAAAUGUGCGACAAGAAGGAUGCAGCUUUAUUUGGUGUGGGAUCACACAGCAAGAAGCGUCCACACAAUAUAAUACUGGGCAGAACUUUUAAUUAUAAUGUAUUGGACUUGAUAGAGCUUGGAGCAGAAAACUUUAAAUCAAUGUCAGAAUUCCAAAAUAUGAAAGUGCUAGCUGGCUUGAAGCCGUGUCUGUUGUUCAAUGGACCAGCUUGGGAUCUAAAUCUGGAUUUAAAGAGGUUGAGGUCACUGUUCAUAGAUUUCUUUCAUAGAGAAAAGGUGGAUACAAUUAGGCUGCAAGGCUUGGAACAUGCUCUCAGUUUCACUGCUACAGAUGAUGGAAUGAUUUACUUGAGGUCAUAUAGAAUAUUACUGAAAAAGAGUGGACAGAGAACUCCUAGAAUUGAACUCGAUGAAAUUGGACCUUCUAUAGAUUUUAAACUUCGAAGGACGAAACUAGCAGCAGAUGAUCUAUACAAAGAGGCUUGUAGAGUACCAAAAGAAUCGAAACAAGGUACCAAGAAGAAUAUAUCUAGAGAUGCAUUUGGUUCUAAAUUGGGUCGUAUCCAUAUUGGCAAACAGGACAUUGGUAAACUACAAACACGUAAGAUGAAAGGAUUAAAGAAAACUCCAGAAGAGAGAAAACAGAUGCUAUUAAAAAAGAAGGCGAAAGCAAAAGAAUGAGUCAAAAUAAAUACAUAGAUGUUA